AUGGGCAACUGUAAAAAGGAAAUGUAUAUAACAUUGGUUGUUAGUGUAUUUAACGAAUCUAAAAGGCUAAACAAAAAGGCUGUUCGGAGGAUGAAGAACUCUUCCCGGAUAGCAGAAGAGGUUGAUGUAUUGAAGAGGCACCAGCGAGUGGAGUCCUUGAAUCUUUCCAGCAUGGCUCUUAUAGGCAGGAUUCCCCGUGAUUUUGGAAACCUCUCAUUUCUUGUUUCUCUUCACUUGGGAAGCAACAAUUUCCUGGGAUAUUUGCCUCAAGAAAUAGCACAAUUGCAUCGACUUAAGUUUCUUAACUUAAAUUUGAACAACUUCAGUGGGAAGAAAUUGUAUCUCGGAUCUAACCUUUUCACAGGGAUAAUUUCAUUAGGAUUGGGAAAUCUUGUUAAUUUGGUGGAGUUAAGCGUGAAUAGAAACCAACUUACUGGCUCUGUCCCAAUCUCAAUAUUCAAUAUCUUAUCGCUACAACUUUUGUCACUGUCCAGGAACAAUCUUAGUGGAUUCUUACCACGGGAAGUUGGCAACUUAACCAAGAUGCAGUUUUUACAUCUUAUCGAAAAUAGGUUUACUGGUGAAAUACCCAAAGAGAUGAGCAAUCUCAUUGAGUUGGUGUUACUAGAGCUUGCGUAUAAUAGAUUUAGUGGUCCACUUGAUAUGGAGAACUUCAAUAUAUCAGGGCUAAGAGCAAUUGAUCUUUCAGCCAACAAUCUAUCUGGAAUGCUAUUGAAAAUUCCAAAUGAAGUUGGGAACUUAAGCAGCUUAUUCGAGCUUGAUCUUUCAGGAAACAACUUGGUUGGAUCAAUUCCUACAUUAAUUAGUAACUUGAGAAACCUUCAGCGCUUCAACCUGAGUAACAACAAAUUUAUAGGAUUUGUUGGAGAUAAUCUUUGUAAAUUGCAGCAACUGGGUGCUAUUUACUUGGAUCAAAAUCAACUUUCAGGAUCUCUUCCAAAUUAUUUAGGGAAUGUUACUUCCGUUAGAGAGAUACAUCUGGGUUCCAAUAAAUUGAGUUCCAAUAUACCAGAAAUCUUAGGGAACCUUAAAGAUCUAGUUGUUCUUGACUUAUCAUCAAACAACAUGAUUGGUUCUUUACCUCCCAAAAUUGGAAAUCUAAAGGCUGUGACACAGACGGAUCUGUCAAUGAAUCAAUUUUCAAAUGGAAUUCCUAGAGAAAUUGGAGGAUUCCAAAAUUUGGUGCACCUUUCUUUGAGACACAACAAGUUGCAAGGAAUUAUACCCGACGCGAUGAGAAACAUGGUAGGUUUGGAAUUCCUAGACCUUUCUCAUAAUAAUAUAUCAGAAAUCAUUCCCAAGUCUUUGGAGAAACUUCAAAAUUUGAAGUAUUUCAAUGUUUCUGUCAACAAAUUCGAGAGUAAUCUAAUUGUUUCUGGAAGUUUUGCCUCUGUUUACAAAGGCGUUCUCAGAAGUAGAAUUGCCAUUGCAGUUAAAGUGUUCAAUUUGCAAAUAGAUGCGGCAUUCAAGAGUUGUGAUAUGGAAUGUGAAGUUUUGCGCAGCCUUCUCCAUAGGAAUCUUGUAUAA